AUGAGCCACCUCUGCAGUGUUGGUGCUCGCUCUUUGUUAAGACAAUCAUCCAGAAGUAUCCAUCAGAGUCGUCUUUUAUUGAAUGCUCUCCCAGGUAAGAAUGAUCCAACUGCCAACGAUAAGCCAGCAGGGAGGAGAUCACUUAAUGACCAAUUGUUUCAGGGAAAGGAGAAAAGCUUCAACUUUGAGGGGGAUAAGAUGCCAAAGGAGAGUCAAUCCGAAAUUGAGAGGAAAUACGCCUUUUAUGAAAGAUUGAAGGCGAUUCUGUUAGGGCUAGGUGCCGUUGGAGGUCUAAUGGGUGGCUUCUACGUGUGGUCCAAAUGGAAUAUCAUCAAGUUUAAAAUAUUUAAUGAGCAUGAUCUUUCCAAGUUUGAUGAAAUCUACGAAGAUAUACUGAAAAAGAAACAGAAGAGAGCAGAAGAUGAGAAAUUAGAAGUCUCUACGGUGACCAAUCCUAAUGAUAGCUUUGUUCCUGGACUUUACGUAUGUGGUGACAACAAAGGAGGUACAGUGUCUGAUUCUGGUAGAAAGCAGCAACUGGUUUUAAAGCGUCUUGCGUUUUUUGAUGGAAUGCUACUUCGUGAUGUUAUUUUGAACGGCCCGGUUGGUUUAGCCAUUACUGAGAAGGGUGAUGUUUAUGAAUGGGGCUCUGGAUUUAACGGAAAGCAAGGAAAGCCAGAACUUGUGUUAAAAGAUGAAAAUGUUGUCAAAGUUCAAGUUAGUAAGAACAUGGUGUACGCGUUGAACGGUCGAGGUGAAGUGUUAUAUUUCCCCGCCUCUGUAGCGGAUAAGCGUAGAUUUGUCGGGGAUAAAGGAAGGAAGUAUUUGGGUCUAAAAUCUUAUGACAAGAAAUAUAGAAAACUGACAGAUUUUUCAGUGAAAGAUAUAGCUUGUGGAAUAGAUCAUAUUGUGAUCUUGUCUCAAGAUGGUCAAGUUUUCACAAGUGCAACCGGAACAGUACGAGAUACGAACAAAUCAUACGGGCAAUACGGUAUUCCUACGCUGACGCAAUUUGAUGAACCUCCAGCUCCUCAUGAGAUUCAUGAUGUUGUCCUACUGAAUAAGUAUAAAACUGAUGAGAGAGACGGAAAUCCAGUCAUCAAAAAGAGAAAGAUAACUAAAAUUGCUGCAGGAGAUUAUCACACAUUGGCAUUGGACGAUCUUGGUUACGUAUGGUCUUUUGGUAAGAACACUCAUGGUGAGCUGGCUAAACAUGUUUCCUAUGAAACAGAGAUUGUUCCAGUCCCUAAGAGAAUUGAAUUGAUACAAAAUCAUUUUGCCAAGAACGAGUUUCCUCAAUGUAUUGACAUAGCAGCAGGAGGUCAAACUUCGUAUGCUACUUUUGUUACAAGUGACAUGUACAAAUUGUUUGAAAAAACCAUUCAAGAGGGAAAUAAUGUCGAUUUAGCUAAAUUGUCUCAAGAUCAGAGAGACUCAGUGUCAUACUUUGCAUGGGGUCAUGGGCUGAAAGGUCAGUUAGGUACUGGAAGAUAUGUACAUUCUGAGGCAGAGCCUAGGAAGAUCAAAGCUUUGGAGGGUUUCACGGAGUUCAACGAAAAAAGUAACAAGUUGGAGACUACCACGGUGAAAGACUGGAGCAUUGGUGAGAAUCAUGUGGUUGCAACUUUAAGCAACAACGAUGUUCUCGCUUGGGGUGAUAACGAGUUUGGUCAAUUGGGUAAUGGAAAGAAAGUUAAAUCUAGUAAGCCCCUCAAUAUUCCCAAGUUAUUAGAGCCACUCAAAACUGACAGAGCUCCAUUGACUCCAACCCAGAAAUUAAUUGAUGCUGCAAAUAAUAGACUUCAACUAAAGACCAGUGAUACCUCCACUUUCAAGACACCUAACGGAAAGAAAAUCAAAGGAACAAUUGAGCAAGUUAUAACUGCCACCGGAAAUUCCACUGCUAUUUUCUAUAGGAGAUUGUAG